AUGACUAUUUUAGCAAUUAUUAAAACAUUGAUUUUACAGCCUAAUGAUUUUACAACGACUCAUGCGGAAACUGCUUUAACAGAAAUUAUGCAAAAUCAUGCUACUUCGGCUCAAAUAGCCGCGUUUUUAGUAGCAUUGAAAUUAAAUCAUAAGGAUUCCGACCCUGCCAUUGUAGCCGCAUGUUCAAAAGCCAUGUUAAAAUUUACAAAUCUGGAUUUAUCCGUGUAUGAAGGGUUACAAGAUUCAAUUAUUGACAUCGUUGGGACGGGUGGCGAUGGUAUGGACACUUUUAAUGUUUCAACUACCGCAUCAAUAGUUAUAGCUGGUGCUGGUUGUAAAGUUGUCAAGUUUGGUAAUAAAGCUGCCAGUUCCAAAAGUGGUUCAGCUGACAUUUUAGAAAAAGUUGGUUGUGAAAUUACAAAAGUUACAUCACAAAAUGCGUAUGAUGUCAUUAAAUCAACAGAUUUUUGUUUUUUAUUCGCUCAAAAUUUUUAUUCUGCGUUAAGUUAUGCAGCCUCUACUCGUCGUGAAAUUGGUGUCCCAACUAUAUUAAAUCUAUUAGGUCCUAUCUCUAAUCCUGCUAAACCAAAAAGGGUUGUUAUUGGCGUACAUUCAAAAUCUCUUGGUAAAUUAGUUAUUGAAGCUUUAAAAUUAAAAGGUGUGAUAGAGGCUAUGGUUGUUAAUGGUGCUAUUGGUUUGGAUGAGAUAAGUACUGAAGGGGAAACUUUUGUUUGGCAUUUAUCUCAAUCUAAUAUUAGAGAAUAUACAAUUUCACCCGUUGAUUUUGAUCUUCCUUCUCAUCCAAUAAGCGCUGUCAAAGGUGGGACACCUCAAGAGAAUGCUGAUCUUUUAAUUAAGUUACUUUCAAAUGAAUAUGAAGGUCCGAUUUUAGAUUUUGUACUUUUAAAUGCUUCUGCUGCAUUAGUGGUUGCUGGUUUAGCAAAAGAUUUCAAAGAUGGUGUUAUAUUAGCUCGCAAAAGUAUACGUAGUGGAAAAGCUAAAAAUGCUCUAGAUAAUUUCAGAGAUCGCAUUAAAAAUUUACAUGACUAA